AUGGCUGAAGAAUUACACCAUCUAAUCAAGGUCAACAAUUUGAAGGAGAUGAAGGAAACUAUAACAGCAGGGGACCUAAUAAACCAGUUCUCGGCGGCUGGGCUUACCCCUCUUGGAACGGCAAUAGUGUGUGAGAAUCUACCUAUUGCGCGACAUCUUCUCGAGAAAGGAGCCGACAUUAGUCUGGGAUACAAGUCGGAGAUGUGUCUCGACAAGAGCCUCAUGCAGUCUGAGUUGCCAGACAUCUGUCCACCAAUUCACAUUGCGUCUGCACUCGGACUGGCAGAUCAUAUCCGAUUGCUUGUCGAAUAUGGCGCCGAUGUCAACGAUCCUCGCGCUGUUGAGUACGGCGCUCAAAUGCUUCCUCUGUACUUGUCAAGGGGGAAUGCCACCAAGGCUCUGAUUGGUCUUGGCGCAGACGUCUGUCGAAAGAAUGCAACAGGUUUCACUCCGUUAUUGCAUGCAAUUGCGCGUGAAGACGUUGCUUCCACGAAACUGCUUGUGGAAAACGGAGCUGAUGUCGAAGUGGAAAGAACAACGCGGUACCGUCUCAUACUGCCGACCGAAGACAAUGCAGAGCAAGUAGAGGAACGUCUUGUUGAGGGGUCAUCCUCGCCACUGAUGGUCGCUUGCCACCAAGGACGACUCAGGCCCACAUCUGCCGAAAUGAUACAGAUACUCACUGCUGCUGGAGCAAACGUCAAUCGGCGUUUCCAGAUAAAGAACAUUGAGAAGGAUAUUGUUUUCACUGCCCUCUCUCUUAUCUGCGGCUCCCGGACUCCAGCGCCUGUAGUGAAAGGUGCAUAUGCAAAGAAGGAUCAAUAUGGCGAGAAAGAAGUGGAAGCGAUCAAGGCGCUUAUUACUGCUGGCGCAGACAUUAACCACCCUCCUGUGGUUUAUAAUGUGUGUAAAGGAGAUGUGCCAUUCCCUGAUUUCGAGUUCCGCCUGGAGGUAAUGCAGGCGCUUGCUAGCCAAGGCAUAGAGACACAGACAAGGGCGGCUCUUAAGGCAUAUUUAACAGCCUUAGCAUUAUAA